AAGAGAGCGGGUUCCGUUGAGGUUUCAGUGACAGCAAAAUUGUUUCAAAAUUUUGGAGUUGUCUUCAGAACUAGAACUGCUGAACAAAAAUGGAGGUUCCAAAGGAUCAAAUCUCCACUCUUCUUGACCAGGGACUCUACAGUUCAGCUCAAAUGCUGGGUUGCUUUCUUGUUUCAUCGCCUGCUGCUAAUGCAGAAUCCACUCCUCACCUCAAGUCUGAAAGCUUGGUUUGUAGUUCUGAAUUCAUUUACUUUCAAUUGUACUCCUUUACUGAUUACUUAUUUCAUCUUUAAUCGCAUUGUUUUUUUUAAAUGAAUUUCUGCACUCUAAUCCGUUUUCUAGUUGAACCCUUUUUUGCUCUGUUUCUGCUUUGUUAGGUGCUUCUUGGGGAUGCAUUGUUUCGAGAAAGGGAGUAUCGAAGAGCAAUUCAUACUUACAAGCAAGCCUUGCAAUACUAUAAGAUUAUUCCUAAACAAAAUUCAACUACUACUAGAAGUUCUUUGCAGUCAAACAGGUCAUCUUCUCCAAACUCUUUUAACGUGUCGGCCAUUAAUGAAAAUGAGUUGUACUUUGCAGAUGGAGGGAAUUCCGAGUAAAGCAAGAAAUUUGCAAAUGAAUCUUUUGCUGGGAAAGCUUUAUAGAUAUGCCAGACAUAACCGUGCUGCUAUUGCAUAUUACAAGGAGUGCUUAAGACACUGCCCUUAUGUGUUUGAAGCUAUUAUUGCUUUAGCAGAACUUGGUACUACUGCCAAAGAUAUCAUUUCCUUGUUUCCUCAGACGGCAAACAGAAGUGGCAAAACUCCUUUUGAUCACUUCGAUUCUAAUCGCUGGCUGCCACGCUAUGUUGAGGCUCAGUGCUGCAUUGCUUCAAAUGAUUACAAAGGUGGUUUGGAGCUGUUUUUGGAUUUGUUGCAACGUUUUCCCAAUAAUAUUCAUCUGUUGCUUGAAGUUGCAAAGGUUGAAGCCAUCAUAGGAAAAAAAGAUGAGGCCAUCAUGAAUUUUGAGAAGGCACGAUCAAUUGAUCCAUUUAUUGUAACAUAUAUGGAUGAAUAUGCUAUGCUUUUGAAGAUAAAGUCUGAUUAUUCAAUGCUAAACAAGUUAGUCCAUGACUUGUUAAAUAUUGAUCCUACAAGACCAGAAGUUUUUGUGGCUUUGUCUGUACUGUGGGAAACGAAAGAUGAGAGGGGAGCCUUGGCUUAUGCUGAAAAGAGCAUCCGAAUCGAUGAAAGGCACAUAACAGGUUUCAUCAUGAAGGGAAACCUGUUGUUAGCCAUGAAGCAGCCAGACGCAGCCGUUAGUGCUUUCAGGAAUGCUCAAGAACUGAGACCUGAUAUUCGUUCAUAUCAAGGUUUGGUCCAUUCUUAUCUGGCACUGUCUAAAAUGAAAGAGGCAUUAUAUGCUGCCCGGGAGGCAAUGAAAGCGAUGCCUCACUCUGCAAAGGCUCUAAAAUUAGUUGGAGAUGUACAUGCUAGUAACUCAGGUGGUAGAGAGAAGGCCAAGAAGUUUUAUGAGUCAGCACUUAGGCUGGAACCUGGUUACCUCGGAGCGGCAUUAGCUUUGGCGGAGCUCCAUGUAAUUGAAGGCCGAAAUGGGGAUGCUGUAUCCUUACUGGAGAGGUACCUUAAGGAUUGGGCUGAUGAUUCUCUUCACGUAAAACUAGCUCAAGUAUUUGCCGCCACAAAUAUGUUGCAAGAGGCUUUAUCUCACUAUCAAGCUGCAUUAAGGAUGAAUCCCCAGAACGAAGCUGCCAAAAAAGGUCUAGAGCGGUUAGAAAAACAAAUGAAGGGAGUGGAUCCUGAUGCACCUGAAGAUGAUGAAGACAAUGAGGUCGACGAUGCCGAUGGAGACCAAGAAGAAGCCGAACUCUUAUGAUCACUAACAAUCCAACACACGAUGUUUACUUUUGCCAGUAAUGUUUCAGACAAUGACUCUUCGAUGUUUUCUUUCAGACAAGAGUAAGUAGUAGUAACUCGUACACGUGUGAAUGCCAAAUAUUUGGAGUUAAAAGUGCAAAUUACCUGGUUUGGAAGCGGCAUUUUGAACUGUUAUUUUCAGAAUUGCAUUAGAAAGAACUGCAACACGAAGUCACAAUCAUUCACGCAAACCUCUCACCAUUUUUCACCCUAUUUCACAUUGUUGAGAUCAAGCAGAAGAAGGUUGCGAAAAUCAUGGACGAAGAAGCAUUCCAAUUGGGUAGCUACGAUUCCAUGACUACUAAGCUUCCAUUUCUGUCCGGUCGUCUUUAACUGUGAAAACUAUAAUCUGUAUGUAUUUGUUUUACCUAAUGAAGUGACAAAUGAAGAGCGGUCUUUUCUUGUAACUUAUGUACACAAGAUCAUUGAUUGUAUUCAGCUAGAAGCCUGUAUAUUCAUCUGUGUAUCAUCCACACUUAAAUCCUCA